GUGACAACCAGUGGGUAUGGUAAAGUAUUUUUGUAAGGUUGUAGCGUGGGAAGGAACAGGCCACCCAAGAAGAUAAUCACAGAAUUAAUGUGUAUGUGUGUGUAUAUAUAGGGCAGCACAGAUAAGAAGAGUUUGAAUGCAUUGAGAUAGAAAAGAAACAUGUCUGAUAAUCACAAGACUCAGAGUUCGGCACCGAAACUGUUUGGUUUCCCACUAACAGAGCAAGAGGAAUUUGCAGAAAGGAAAUACGAUGUUGGAGAGGACAGAAAAUUCAGGUGCCACUACUGCAACAGAGUUUUCGCAAACUCCCAGGCCUUAGGGGGCCACCAAAACGCUCACAAGAAGGAGCGUCAGAGAGCCAGGCGAUUCCAAAUCCACAACCACAGACGCUCCUCCAUGCCACCACCAUCAUCAUCUCUUUCGGUUACGCCUCUUACCUUUCUCACCCCCCAUGCAAUAAUAAGAUCGCUGCCACUUUCAGUUACACUGCCACCCAUUUACCUUUCAUCUCCUUCUCCUUCUACUUUCACCUCUGCAAAGCACUUCUCCUCACGCCCCGUUUUCGUUCCUUCCUCCACCCAUCUCACUGCUACUGCUACUGCUACUCCAUGUUUUCCUCUUCAGCUUUAUGCUUCACCUUCUGUGCUGCAAUCUGCUUCUACUGUCCUUGAUUUUGCAGCAGACAGAGAAGUUGAUGUCCAUCUCAAAUUGUAGCUCUGUCAUAUCAGAUUGCAGGUUACAUAUAUACUAUAUAUAAAUUACUGUUACUUUUAGUUUCCUGCUUCUCCUUUUUGCUCCAAAUCUUAUC